AUGUCCUCUAACAAUAUGGCGGAUCCUAGGAGACAAAAUAAGAUACUGCGGUACAAGCCCCCCACCACGGAGGCCAACCCCACAUUAGAGGAUCCCACUCCUGACUACAUGAACCUGCUGGGCAUGAUCUUCAGCAUGUGUGGACUGAUGCUUAAGUUGAAGUGGUGUGCCUGGAUCGCUGUCUACUGCUCCUUCAUCAGCUUCGCCAACUCCAGAAGCUCUGAGGACACGAAACAGAUGAUGAGUAGCUUCAUGCUGUCCAUCUCUGCUGUGGUCAUGUCCUACCUUCAGAACCCUCAGCCCAUGUCACCUCCGUGGUGA